AUGAAUGUUCUUAAUUGUUAACAGAGUGGAUAUUUGUUGUAGUUACAGCAUGGUGACAGUGAGUUUAUAUAACGGCAGCUUUCCCUUUUCGCAUUUCUUCCAGUAUUCUUCCCAGCUGUGCUUGCUGAGUAGCUCCUCAUCUCAAAUCCAGAAACAGUAAUAAUUUGGAGAUUUUUUUUGAAAUGCCAAACAAAGCACAAGAGGAUGCAGUCAUUAAUCUCAAAUCUAUACAAGAUAUUGCCAAGCAGCUGGGGUUCGAAUGGACCAUCAUUGCUUAUGAGCUGGGUCUCACCAGGGCAGAAGUGAGGCAGUUCCAUGCUGGUGCACAUGAGAAGAAAGGCCAGGCUCAGAAGAUGCUGGAAUACUGGUAUGAGAGAUCGUGGAACAAACUGAACAAAACCAAACUUCUGCAGGAUGCUCUGGAGCGGGCCGGCCGGAAGGACCUGGCUGAUAAACUGCGAUGCCUGCACUGGGGCCACCAGAAACUCAGUAACAGAGUGGAGCUCCCCUCAGCAUUCCCCUUCCUCAUCACUGUGCACAAAACCAUCAACAACAGGGAGGGGCUCAAGAGGAUCAACGAGCUGAGCCGCAAGCACACUUAGACCAUCAGCACUCCUACCCUGGCCAUGUGUAGAGUCCCAGUGUGUCAGCUGUCACCACAUUCUGCAAUAUAUCUGCUACCGCUUUGCCAUAGAUCAAUGGAUUAGACCCCUUUGUCUUUAAUAAGAAGAGCACCCUUUUUAACUGUUAUUGAUGUUAACAAUUAAAAAAAGUCAAUGAUUUAGCAUUGGAGAAAAUGUUUAAAAGUAGCAAAGCUAAUAGGUUUGAAUCUGUCUUAUAGGCUACAAGCAAAUUAUGGGAUUUUUUUUUUAUUAUUAUUUUUUAUCUAAUAGAACCACUCACAAAAACACCACACAAUUUACCAUUAUUCUACAGUUUGUAUUGGAGACAAAAAAAAGCAAUAUAAAGAAGGGUCUAUUGGCAAUGAGAGAAAGCACACAGUUCUGUGCUUCACUGAUAAGGCAUGACUUACUUAACUAGCUAAUAACAUAAUUCAUAUACACAACAGAUGCUUUUGAAAAUUCAAGUAAUGUAAAUAAUGUGCUAAUCACACUGCACUGUUGAAAUAAUAAGUAAUGUGUUUAGUGUUCCUGGCCUUUUCCAUGUAGGUUUGCACUAAUAACAAUACUGGUGCUGCUGGUGGCUGAUUUAGGGCACUCCUCAUGCCCCACCAUGGUGUUGAAAGACACUGUGCAGGCUGAGGUUCCUCCUUUCCUUUGGGGUUGCAAGUUAAACCAAAGUUCUGUUUAAACUGGGACUGUUGAAAGAGGCAUUUUUGGCACCAUCUGGUGGUUAAAUAUAACAUUGCAAUUUCACUAUUAAUAAAUACAGAAUAAGGUAUUAAUACUGUACAUCUCUUAACCCUUUGUCGUUUUUCUGAUAUUGUUAUACUGUAGUGUCAACUUAAUUAUUGGUUAGCCAAUUGCCAUUAAAGUCAUUAAAUGUCCAAGGGAAAGUUAGAUCCAAGAGCUUAUUUUUGUUGAACUUCAGCAGGACAGCAGAAGCCUGUGUUUUCUGUUCAAUGGCAUGUGCUUUACACACAUUCACAGCCCACCAAAGCAGGGUUGUUUGUUAACUCUGGAUCAAACCCAAACUAGCUGAUUCCCAUAUCUGUAGAUUUCAGCAUGUUACCAAAGC